UCUAUCUAUCUAUCUAUCUAUCUAUCUAUCUAUCUAUCUAUCUAUCUAUCUAUGGUUAAUCAUCAGUAUGCUUUGUGAAAAUAAGGUUUGAUCACACAUGUAUUUAUAUGCUUAUAAUGAAUCACCUGUAUGUUAAUCCCCAUAUUAAUCAUUUCAAUGUUCGGGUGUUACUCACGUCCCUUUGAACUGAAUGAUGCAUAUACCAAAUGGAUGACUCACCUGUGACUGGUACGUUCUAGCACUGAGUUAGACCUAUAUCUGAUUUAUGCAGGCUGAUACUGCUAGAAGUUUCAGCUUGUGCUGAAGGAGAUUCUCAACAGGCGAAGGCCAGGUGCAGACUAGACCAUCUAAAAGCUGUUCAACGGGAAAAAGCCAGGGCGUAGGUCAUCGCAGCCUUAGCAAAGGAAGAUAGGGUAGGAAGCAGAUGGGGCAAUGUGUCUCCCAUCUUAUCUGGAGGAGGGAGUGAAAGCAGAGAGGGGUGUCAGUUACCAUGGCAACAGGUGAUGGCCUUCAAUAAAGUUAGGGAGGGGUCAACGUGAAACUUUGCAGCAUGAGAGGAAGAAUCAAAAUGUGUACAUCUUGUAAAAUAUUCAGAUUUGUCACAGGGACUGGGGUGGCAGAAUCUCUCCUAAUGCAUGUGGAGAAUAAAGUGUGAUGAUUGCAACAUAAGGCAACUUGUGGCUUACUUCUUGUCCCACGCCCUGGUUGUAACUGCCUUCUAUAAUUUUGUACAUAACUGUAACAGAAAUGUUGUGACUGUAUCUUUUGCUGCCUCUUGGCCAGGGCUCCCUCAAAACUGAGAACUUUAAUCUCAAUGGAACCUUCCUGGUUAAAUAAAGAAUAUAAAAAUAAGUAAAUAAAAUGUAUUUAGAUAAUGAAACGUCAAAAAGGAAAAUUAUUUUACUUGUUUGUCAGUGCAUUUGAAGAAACAACUUAAAAUGUUAUUUAUUUAACCAGAUGAGUCGAUAGAGAACUCAUUCUCAUUUACAACAACGAUCUGGCCAAGAGGCAGCAGCAACAGACACAUAAUUAGCUUUACAUCAAAGAAAAACAAAUGAGAUAAAAACAAACAAGAUUAAAAUAAAGUAAAUUACAGAAUUGUUAUAACAGGUGUAAAACUAACUUGUCUUUACUUUAAGUAAUUGUUUGAGGAAGAUAUCACAUGUUAUGUGUGUUUUAUUAGUCCCAUUCUGAACACACAGGUGUGUUUUAUUCUGCUCCAGCAGGUGGCGCUAGUGCACCUUUACGCUGGUCACCGACCACCUGAAGAAGCAGAAACCGGAAGCUGCUAGCAGAGCUAGCUUGUUGUUCUGGUGUGUGAGGAGAACAUUUGAGGCUCUGCAGUAAAAAUGUCUUCACUUCAGUCUCUGGGAGAGUUGAUCAGCUAAAGCGACUAACUGCUGCUGCUGCAGAAAUCUUCUCACCAGGCUGUGGAAACUUUCUUCUCCUCCUCAACAACUUGGUGGAGUUCUUUCCAGAACCAGAGAAGAUAUUCUGCGGUCUUCGUGACAAUCGGAGCUCCAGAAUCAGGUUGUGGCUGUUAGCUAAACACGGCUAAAGAAAACCUGCUACCACUUCAGGAUCAUCCAUCAGCUGGGACUGAUUCAUCGUGUGUUCUUCACCACCUGGACCUGGACAGCAUGGACACAGAUGUUCAACAGCUGGUGCUGGUUAAAGAAGAAGAUCCUGAAGAACAGAGUGCUGGUGUGGACCAGCAGGACCCAGAACACCUCCACAUAAAGGAGGAACAGGAGGAGCUCUGGACCAGUCUGGAGGGAGAGCAUCUCUGUUUGAAGGAGGAGACUGAAGCUGUCGGGUCUCCUGUUACUGCUGUUUCUAUAAAGAGUGAGGAUGAUGAAGAGAAACCUCUGGUCUCACAGCUUCAUCAGCAGCAAAUAGAAGACAGAGAUGUUCCAACCAGCAGCUCAGCUGACCAGAUGACCGCAGAAACUGGUGGAGGAGCAGGAACUAGCAGGAACCCAGAUCUGAACCCUCAUGAACAAACAUCUGAUUCUUCAGAGACUGAAGUUAGUGGAGAUGAAGACGAUGAUGAUGAUGUGAAUCUGGACUCUGAGCUGUCAGACUCUGGGUCUGAAACUGGAGAUGAAGAUGAUGACUGGAAUGAGAGCAGGUCUUCUGAGUCAGAUGGUAAGUCUGUCAACAAGUUCUUCACAAGUGGUCUCUCCAGAGACACGUGAGGGAGACGAGUCAUCCAGCAGUCAGGUCUUCAGGCUGUUUGGUUCAUAAGAAAUGUGUUAGAGUGAAGCAACAUGUAGACUCGUGCAGGAAAGUCCAGAAGAAACCUAAAUCAUUUAGUCAUGAUGACUGGAGAAAGGUUUACUACAAAUGUAAACAAACAAAUCACAUGAGAGUCCACACAUAGCAGCUGCUGUUCCAGAGUAUGGGCCAGCCUCAUCCCACCCAUACUCUGCUUCUGGCCGCUAACAAGAUGGCGCCUGUGUUUGGAAUAGCCAGUUAGUAAUAAAAUUUCUUAACUUUUAAA